GGAAGUGACACAGGCGGAACUAUUGUGGGCAGCUGCCUGUUCCUGGAUGACCGUCUGCAGCCCCGAGGGUCUCGUGCCCCUCACCCACCGACACAGCUGUGUUUCAGGCGGCUGCAAGAGGCAAAGCAAAGACGAUGGGGACCACACACAGCUCCACAUUCUCCAUCCUUGUGAAGUCUUUCUCAGGAAAAAAUAUUUCUGUGCUGGUGUCUUUGGACGACACGGUGCUGGACCUAAAGAUGAAGCUAUUUGCACUGGAUAGUGAUUUCUACCCUUCUCAGACAAGACUGAUUCAUGGUAUCCAAGAGUUGCUGGACGAACUAACUCUGAGGCAUUACAACAUUACCUCCAACAGCACUGUAUUCUGCAUUCGUAGGUUGCGAGGUGGUGGUGGUUUACCUGUCCUCCAGGGCAUGGGAGGUGACUUGGGUUUUCGAGGACCAGAGAUGCACAACCAGGGCGGUGCGGCAGAUGUCACCUCAUGGAUAAAAAAGCAUGGCGGUAAAGAAGACAUCAUCCCAGGGAUGGCAAAUCAGGAUGAUCUGGCAGGCGUCACCUCAAGGUUUGAAAUGCAGGGUGGUACAGCAGGCGUCACCUCAAGGUUUGAAAUGCAGAGCGGUACGGCAGGCGUCACCUCAAGGUUUGAAAUGCAGGGCGGUGCAGCAGGCAUCACCUCAACAAGUGCAAAGGAAAUCCAGAAAUGGCCACAGUCAGAUGUUCCAGCAGAGGAGAGAAGCUGUCACUGUGUGAGAGAGGAACUUCAGGAAGUGAGGCCGCUGAUAGAUUCAUGCAAUUUGACGGAACAAAACAUAUACAAAGUCUGUCUCCCUGGACCAGGCAUCUUCCAGUGCUCUGAGACGGGCCUUGCCUUCGAGGUGGAGUCAGCAGCCAGCAUUGUGUACAGAUGUGCCACCUGGGCCAAGUAUAUGAAAGAGGCUGACCAGGAAGUGUUGGUACCUGCUGGGCCUCUUUUCAACAUCUGGGCGCUGCCCGGAACCGUGCGGGCUGUGUAUCUCCCCCACUUCAUCUGCCUGACAGAUGUAGAUAUCAGCGAAUGCUUUGUUGCCCAUUUUGAAUUCCAGAAGAUGACCCUACAGAUUCCGACAAAAGUGAUGGCUUUCUCUGCUGUCCUGGAGAAUCCCAGCUUCUCGCUCCUUGGGGUGGUUUGGAGAAAGUUACGUUCAACCAUUUCUCUCCCUAUGCACUCCUUAGUGCUGAUCUUCCAGCAGUUCUUUGCUGCAGAUACAACCCUGCAUCUCUACCUGAUCCCAGAUGACAUCUCUGUGAAGCAGGCCAUUGAAAAACAAGAGCUGAGCUGGAAUUCAAAGCUUAUUCCCAAGCCUCCUCCAUUCAGCCCUCUGUUCUUUGGCUACAAAUACCAGCUGUCCAGUAACACUCAAGUGAAGAUUAUGCCUGAAGCACACUUACCGUUUUGCUACAAGAGUCCAAAGGAACAACAGCUCUUUGUUGAGAUCUACAUCAGGAAUAUGGCAGAGGAAAUUGAAUUCCUUAUUACAGAUAGACAGAAUGACACCGUGGUCUGGAGGGCAUCACUGAGAGCAGGUGAUCUUAGUCUUCCUAGAAAUGUCUUCAAGAUCCCUUCAGUUAAUCUUAGUCUUUCUAGAAAUUUCUCCAUGAUGCCUUCAGGUGCAGCCUUCAUGAAGAAGCACAAGACAGAGCUUUGUUCCAGGAUGGGGCAGCUCUCCUCCAUUCUACUACACUUAAGGACUGAAGGUGUAAUCAACAGUGAUGAAGAAGAGGAAGUGCAAGCUCAAAAUACAAAACAAAAGAAGAAUCAAUUUCUGCUGGACCUAGCUGAAAGAAAAGGGCCCAGGGCCCAAGAGAAGCUCUUUAAGAUCCUCCAGGCAAAAGACCCGUUCCUUGUUGAAGACCUGGAGAACAGCUAAGGCCAGGAAAGCAGACGGCUUUUGCUCCCAUAGCCAGGUUAAGGGAGUGACAGCAUAGUCAGGCAAAAGGAGGGAUUUAUCAGUGCCUGAAUCCUGACCUUUCAAUGCAAAAUCCAUGGAGCAAGCAAUGCCAAAGCCUUCUGAGCCACCAACUUACCUGACUUAUCACUAGAAGUGGACAGUCAGUCACCAAUGAGAAGCUGCUGGGACAAGAAACCUUCGUUCCUAAUCCAGUGCCCACAUUGUGAAGCCGUCUGCCUUCUGAGAACACAAGGUCUCUGUGUCUCCAGAAGCUCCAGGCAGCUGCUGGUCGAGGAGUUAUCAUCACAACAGGUACCUAACAGAGUCACAGAAUUGUAGGAGUUGGAAGGGACCUCUGGAAAUCCCCCAGUCCAACCCCCCUUGAAGCAGCUUCCCUACAGUAUGUUACACAGGAAAGUGUCCAGGCAGGGUUUGAAUAUCGCCAGAGAAGGAGACUUUACAGCCUCUCUGGGCAGCUUGUUCCAGUGCUCUGUCACCCUCACAGUAAAGCUUUUCCUCACAGAAUAAGA